GCUGAAGUGAAAUUAUUUCCUCUGCUGUCUUGCUGUGUCGGCCAGUGUUAUUCUUCAAGUAAAUUCAGGACGAAUAUUUUGUUUUGUUUGUUUCAGUUAUGUUUUUUCACAUAUUAUACGCUAAUGACAGGAGAGAUGAAUCCGUCUCGACCUGUGCCCACCGACAGCAUUUUCAUUUACAGGCCAGACAAGCGAUUGCAGGUUUGGAGGUUCGUCUUCUACAUGGUUCUUCAUGCAGGAUGGCUCCAUUUAUUGUUCAACUUGCUGGUACAAGUUUUAGUUGGACUUCCCUUGGAGAUGGUGCACGGAUCUUUCAGGAUAGGCAUUGUUUACAUGGCAGGAGUCCUUGCUG